AUGGAAAUCAUUUUCAGCGGAUGGAAUCCUCAAUGGCGAGCCCAAUUUCGUGCCAUCCAAGCCGAUCUCGGCGGCGGUCUCAAAAAGAACCGAGUCUCAUAUCUCACGAUUGAGCACGUGGGGAGCACGUCAAUAGCCCAUCUUGUCGCGAAGCCGAUGCUUGAUAUUCUUAUCGUUGUCGCCGACGCAGACUUCAAUGACAGUCAUCGAGAGAGGCUCAAGGAAAAUCAGCGCAUCAUGCAAUAUUCUAUGGCUAAGAAUGAAAUCGUAAGGAAGGUCCUGAAAAAGGCCGGAUGGACUCACGCAGAGGUUGAUGAGAAAGAAGGCAGGGAGAAGAAAGGGUAUCCUGAGAUUUAA